GCAAUUUUGUCAAUAUUUGCAAGUCAUGCAUUUUGUUAAAUGCAGCUGAUCAUAUUAUAUGCUAUUACAGCCUAGUACAGUGAAUUAUUAUAGUCUGGGAGUUUGGAAAUUACUUGGUUAAUAAUGGAGAAUACAUUAGAACAUUGGGGGCCUGUGUGUGCCUCAGUAGGAGUGGCUACAGCAGUGGCAGGGUUAGCAGCUACAUAUUACAUAGCUAAAAUGCCAGAUCCCACAUGUAUACCUCCAGUUGAUCUGGACAACCAGUCACACAUUCUAGAGGAUGGUUCCCGAACCAGUAAGUUGGUUCCUGUUGAUGCCAAGUAUAAACCACUGUAUGAGGGUGUUGAAACAUUUUAUGAUAUUUUUCAAAGAGGCAUCGAGAAAUCUGGGAAUGGUCCGUUUCUGGGAACACGUUCAGGUCCCAGUCAGGAGUAUGUUUGGCUCUCAUACCAGGAAACAUAUGACCAGUCUGUAGCAUUUGGUUCAUGGAUGUUACAGCAGGGAAUACAGAGCAGAUCUGAGACAAUCAUUGGAAUCUUCAGUCAGAAUAGAGCUGAGUGGGUGAUCACAGAGAAGGCAUGUGUGGCAUACAGCAUGGUACCAGUGGCAUUGUAUGACACACUUGGAGACGAUGCUGUUACUUUUAUUAUUAAUCAAACCAAUAUGCCUCUGAUUGUGUGUGAUGUAUCGGAAAAAGUUAAUAAAAUAUUAAAUAUGGUCUCCCAAGGAGAGGAUCGAGCUCUGAAAAUGAUUGUCAUAAUGAACGGGAUAGAUGACGUUGAUACGGAGCUUGCAAAGAAAGUUAAUGUCAAAGUUGUGACAUUCCAGGAGGCGCUGGAAACUGGAGGCUCUAAGCUGAAACCAGUGGCUCCACCAGCACCUGAGGAUUUGGCUUUGAUAUGUUAUACUAGUGGGACUACAGGAAACCCAAAAGGUGUAAUGAUUACCUACAAACAAGCAAUGGCUCAGAUUACAGGACUCAGUAUCAAUGACUAUCAUUAUAGAGUGUUUGAUAAAAAUGAUGUACACUUGUCAUACCUUCCGCUGGCACACAUGUAUGAGCGUAUAGGACAACAGUGUCUGACAAUGGAAGGGGCGAGAAUUGGCUUUUUUCGAGGUGACGUGAAACUUUUGCUCGAUGAUCUGCAGACUUUGAAGCCAACAAUAUUUUUCUCAGUUCCGAGACUUCUCAACAGAAUCUAUGAUAAGGUGCUGGCUGGGGUUAAAGGCAGCAAGAUAAAAACUAUGUUGUUUAACUGGGCCAUAGCUUCCAAGGAAAAAGAACUGAAAAAAUAUGUAAUAAGAAGGGACAGUAUUUGGGACAAGAUUGUGUUUAAAAAGAUCCAGGCGUUGUUUGGUGGUCGAGUAGAUUUAAUUAUAACGGGGUCAGCACCACUUGAAGCUGAAGUUCUCACGUUCUUUAGAUGUGCUGUGGGUUGUGUGAUUUUAGAAGCGUACGGACAGACAGAGUCUGUUGCUGCUGUCACAAUAGGAGUACCAGGGGAUUAUCAUGCAGGUGCUGUUGGACCUCCUAUGCCAUACAAUUACAUCAAAUUGUUUGAUGCUCCGGAAUAUGGCUAUUUCACCAAAGACAACCAAGGAGAGGUCUGUGCUAAAGGAGUCACCAUUUCCAGCGGGUACUACAAAGAUCCUGUGAAAACUGCAGAAACAUUUGACAAAGAUGGCUGGCUGCACACAGGCGACAUUGGGCAAUGGUUACCUAAUGGAACUCUUAAAAUUAUUGACAGAAAGAAAAAUCUUUUCAAGCUCUCACAGGGAGAAUAUGUUGCCCCAGAAAAAGUGGAACUGGUGUAUAUUAGAAGCUCAUUUGUGGCACAGGCAUUUGUUGAAGGAGAUAGUCUUCAGCCAUAUGUGAUGUCAGUUAUUGUACCCGAUGAGGAGGUGUUGAUGGCUUGGGCAAAAUCAAAGGAGAUCACAGGUAGUUUCCAGGACCUCUGCAAAAGUGAAAGUGUGAAGACGAUGAUAUUACUUGACAUACAAAAGAUUGGACGAGAAGCCGGGCUCAAAGGAUUUGAAUUAACCAAAGACAUUGUUGUGCGAUCAGAACUAUUUUCUGUUGAGAAUGGACUGCUAACACCCACGUUCAAAAACAAGCGACCACAACUGCGAAGUUUCUUCAAGAACGACAUUGCCGCUUUAUACAAGAAACACCAGGGAAGUUCCAGUUAGAUCACAAAAGAAAACAACAACAGGUCAUAUGGUUGCCUUUUAGGGAGAAACGUUAAGCAAACAAAUAUCAGUUUUGUAGGAAUUAUUACCUGCGGCUGUUUUUUAGCUCACCUGAGCAAUGCUCAGGUGAGUUUUUCUGAUCGCUCGAUGUCCGGCGUCCGUCGUCUGUCGUCUGUCGUCUGUCAACAUUUAGCUUGUGUAUGCGAUAGAGGCUGUAUUUUUCAAUUAAUCUUCAUGAAAUUUUGUCAGAAUGAUAACCUUGAUGAAAUCUAGACCAAUUUUGAAAAUGGGUCAUCUGGGAUCGAAAACUAGGUCACUAGGUCAAAUCAAAGAAAAACCUUGUGUAUGCGAUAGAGGCUGUAUUUUUCAAUUAAUCUUCAUGAAUAUUGGUCAGAAUAAUAACCUUGAUGAAAUCUAGGCCAAGUUCGAAAAUGGGUCAUCUCUGGUCAAAAACUAGGUCACUAGGUCAAAUAAAAGAAAAACCUUGUGUAUGUGAUAGAGGCUGAAUUUUUCAAUUGAUCUUCAUGAAUAUUGGUCAGAGUGAUUGCCUUGAUGAAAUCUAGGCCGAGUUCGAAAAUGGGUCAUCUCGGGUCAAAAACUAGGUCACUAGGUCAAAUCAAAGAAAAACCUUGUGUAUGCGCUAGAGGCUGUAUUUUUCAAUUGAUCUUCAUGAAUAUUGGUCAGAAUGAUUGCCUUGAUGAAAUCUAGGCCGAGUUCAAAAAUGGGUCAUCUCGGGACAAAAACUAGGUCACUAGGCCAUUUCAAAGAAAACCCUUGUGUAUGCGAUAGAGGCGGUAUUUUUCAAUUGAUCUUCAUGAAUUUUGGUCAGAAUGAUUACCUUGAUGAAAUCUAGGCUGAGUUCGAAAAUGGGUCAUCUGGGGUCAAAAACUAGGUCACUAGGUCAAAUCAAGGAAAAACCUUGUGUAUGCGAUAGAGGCUGUAUUUUUCAAUUGAUCUUCAUGAAUUUUGGUCAGAAUGAUUACCUUGAUGAAAUUUAGACCAAGUUCGAAAAUGGGUCAUCUGGGGUCAAAAACUAGGUCACUAGGUCAAAUCAAAGAAAAACCUUGUGUAUGCAAUAGAGGCUGUAUUUUUCAACUGAUCUUCAUGAAAUUUAGCCAGAAUGAUUACCUUGAUAAAAUCUAGGCCGAUUUCGAAAAUGGGACAUCUGGGGUCAAAAACUAGGUCACUAGGUCAAAUAGAAGAAAAACCUUGUGUAUGCAAUAGAGGAUGUAUUUUUCAAUUGAUCUUCAUGAAAUUUGGUCAGAGUGAUUGCCUUGAUGAAAUCUAGGUCGAGUUUGAAUAUGGGUUAUCUGAGGUCAAAAACUAGGUCACUAGGUCAAAUCAAGGAAAAACCUUGUGUAUGUGAUAGAGGCUGUAUUUUUCAAUUGAUCUUCAUGAAAUUUUGUCAGAGUGAUUACCUUGAUGAAAUCUAGGCCAAGUUCGAAAAUGGGUCACCCGGGGUCAAAAACUAGGUCACUAGGUCAAAUCAAGGAAAAACCUUGUGUAUGCGAUAGAGGCUGUAUUUUUCAUUUUAUCUUCAUGAAUUUUGGUCAGAAUGAUUACCUUGAUGAAAUCUAGGCCGAGAUUGAAAAUGGGUUAUCUGGGAUUAAAAAGUAGGUCACUAGGUCAAAUCAAAGAAAACCCUUAUGUAUGCGAUAGAGGCUGUAUUUCAACUGAUCUUCAUGAAAUUUUGUCAGAAUGAUAACCUUGAUGAAAUCUAGGCCAAGUUCGAAAAUGGGUUACCCAGGGUCAAAAACUAGGUCACUAGGUCAAAUCAAGGAAAAACCUUGUGUAUGCGAUAGAGCCUGUAUUUUUCAUUUUAUCUUCAUGAAUUUUGGUCAGAAUGAUUACCUUGAUGAAAUCUAGGCCGAGUUUGAAAAUGGUUUAUCUGGGAUUAAAAAAUAGGUCACUAGGUCAAAUCAAAGAAAACCCUUGUGUAUGCGAUAGAGGCUGUAUUUUUCAACUGAUCUUCAUGAAAUUUUGUCAGAAUGAUAACCUUGAUGAAAUCUAGACCAAUUUUGAAAAUGGGUCAUCUGGGAUCGAAAACUAGGUCACUAGGUCAAAUCAAAGAAAAACGUUUUGUAUGGGAUAGAGGCUGUAUUUUUUAAUUGAGGUUGAUGAAAUUUAGUCAGAAUGAUUGCCUUGAUCAAAUCUAGGUCAAAUUCGAAUAUAGGUCAUCUUAGCUCAAAAACUAGGUCACUAGGUCAAAUUGAAGAAAAUGCUUGUUUACACUUAAGAGACCACAUUUUUGAUCCAAUCUUAAUGAAAAUUGGUCAGAAUAUUUGUUUCCAUGAAAUCACUAUGUCAAACAUGUUUACACUGUUAUGGUGUGUUUAUCAGGUGAGCGACCUAGGGCCAUCUUGGCCCUCUUGUUUUCAGAGAGAAUCUCACAAAAAUUAUAAAUCUUGCAGAAGUUACCAUUACUGCAAAAUUAUCACCCUUAGAUAACCUAGAAGAAAUUGUGACUCUUGCAUAAAUAAUGACUUGUGAUUGCAAGUUUAGGAGAAAUUCUAGAAAAUACUUUUUUUUUUCAAGGAAAUUGUAGAUAGAUCCUCAACCUAAGCUGUAGUAUUUGGGUAUUUUAGCAAAAUACACUCUUCUUUGCAUUUAACCCUUAGCCUGCUGGCGGCAGAUGAUUCUGCCUUUGCGACCAGUGUAGACCAAGAUCAGCCUGCACAUCCGUGCAGUCUGAUCAUGGUCUGCACAGUUCGCUAUUCAGUCAGUAAAUUUUCAGUGAAAACCCCUUUGAAUAAUAAGUGGUACUGUCCAAGUUGAAAGAUGGACCAGUCAAUUAUAGAAAUAUAGCAGGGUUAGGGUUAAUAUGUAUUUAAAAAGAAUAUGUUUUACAUUACUGGUAUAUUUUGAAGUAUUUUAAAACUCUUAGAAUGAGAUUGAAAUCUGUCUUCAUUUUUGUAGUGUUACUUGAUUUAUGUCAUAAUUGCCAUGUUUUCAUUUGGUUGAAAUAAAAAAAAAUAUUGGAUAGUAACAAAGUAAUUAUGUAAUAUGGAUAGUAACAAAGUAAUUAUGUAAUAAUGUGUAUAAUUAGUUUUAAAUAGACACUGUAGAGUGGGGAAUAUUUACCUGCAUUAUGUCCUUAAACACGUUUCACUUCAAAUAAGGCCGCUGCGCAUGAAGUGGCUAAAUAAAUUUUGCUUGUAAGGAUGUAUAAACUAUUAUGGAUAAUAGUAUGGAUAAUUUUGGCAGAUUGAAGUUAUAUUUAAUACAAGUGAAUAAACAUCAGAUCAAGAAAAUACUUGCAUUUUAUUUCCUGAAAGACAAUUGUUUGAACAAUAGCAGUGUUCACCCAUAUAAAUCAUAAACAAUAAACUGCCAUGUUUUGUUAAAUAAUUAAUACAUGACAUGUUGCAGUGUACUUAUAUUGAACAUUACCCAAAUCAGUUUAGAUUUACACAACAGCAUGCCUUGUAUACAUAUGUUUUUGUGUCCCCCCACCCACAACCCAAAUUUUAGUUGGGAUCACCUAGAUUAAUCCUUGUCCGUAUGUUUGCUUGAAUGCUGGUCUGACUGUCUUACCGUAUUUUGGUGUGUAUAGGUCGCAGUAAUGUAUAGUUCGCAUCUAAUUUUUGCUCUGGAAAUGGUCGGAAAAUUUAACUUCUAGCGUAUUAGUCGCAGUUAAAUUUCGGAUUUUUUUCCCCAGCAAUAUUUAAUAUUUACCGGCACAAAAGUUAUGGCGGCAGCCAUAUUGAUGCCGCGGACUGAAUUAUUAUCAGAACCUGAUUGGUGGAAAUCGGACAGUGUUAUUUUCGUUCCCAACCGUUUCGUACCAACAGUAGUAUCGGUAACAGACUACAUCAAAGAAAAGCGGCUUUUUGACACUAAUUGGCAGCAGACGGUUUGCGUUUACACUCUGUUAUCAUGCAAGUUUAAGUGUGAAUUGUUUGCACAGCAAUUAUAACACCUUUCCAUGUCCUGUAAUUAACCGCGUUCUUUUGAUUCUGAGUAAAAAGAUUAACAAAAUAUCUCUUUUUGGAUUUUUUCUUUUAUCUAAAAAUCAAAAGUAAAAAAUUAUCUUUCAAGUUUUUUAAUACGCUAAGAAUUAUAGUAUAAACAAUGUUUGGAAUGGAGGACGGAUCUGUCCGGAUUUUAUCCAACCCGGUGUACAUGUCAAUGGCGUCCACUAAAACGAAAGUAGAAACAAACGUAAUUCAGACUGCAAAAACAUCUUUGAUUUAAAGUCAUUCGUAAUUUUAAUAGUCUGUAUGGGUUAUUUACGAUAUAUUUAAUUGAAAGUUAUCGCUAUUGGUUGAAAAGCCGCCGAUAUUGAUAUUUUUUUAUCCAUUUUGUUCGUUCGUAACAGAUGCACGUAAUUUUGCGAGAGAUACGGUCAGAAAAUUGGCCCGAAAAAAAAAAACUGCUGGCAAUGUUCUGUCGUAUAGGUCGCAGGAACUUUUUCAGGCAGCAAAAUGGUUAGGAAAAGUGCGACCUAUACGCACCAAAAUACGGUACUUUGUGUCAUACAUAUCUCAAAAGAUAUUUGACCUAGUCAUGAAACCUCAAUUCUUAUUCUUAUGAAGUUGUGCACCUAGGGUUUUGUUUGGGAUUACAUUCAGUAACACCAGAGUUACGACCCUUGACAUUUAAAAAUAUGCAAAAAGGGCCUAAAAGUUUAUGUUGCCUGUAUCUCAAAAAAUGUUUGACUUAGAGAAAGGAAAAUUAUAGAAUUGUUGUCCAUCAUGUGCAGUUGUGCACCUUGGGUUUUGUGUAGGAUUUCACCUAACCAGACCAGAGUUAUAGUCCUUGACUUAGUCAAAAAAUAUUCAUUAAGGGCCAAAACGUUUGUGUGGCAGGUUUUUUUAAAAAGUAUUUGACCUAGAAUAAUGAGACAGUAUAGGAUUGUUGUUCAUCAUAUGAAGUAGUGUACCUGAAGUUUUGUUUGGGAUUUCACUCAACAGGACAAGAGUGAUGGCCCUUUAAAAGU